AUGGUCUCCCUGUUCUCGGGCCGCGUCCUGAUCCGCAACAACAGUGACCAGGACGAGCUGGACACCGAGGCGGAGCUGAGCCGCCGGCUGGAGAACCGGGUGGUGCUGCUGUACUUCGGCGCCGGGGCCUGUCCGCAGUGCCAGGCCUUCGCGCCCGUCCUCAAGGACUUCUUCGUGCGGCUCACAGACGAGUUCUACGUGCUGCGGGCGGCCCAGCUGGCCCUGGUUUAUGUGUCUCAGGAUCCCACGGAAGAGGAGCAGGACCUGUUCCUCAGGGACAUGCCGGAGAAGUGGCUCUUUCUGCCCUUCGAGGACGACCUGAGGAGGUGA